ACUUCCCUUCCUUUUCCCCAUUCGCUCUCCUCCCCCACCGCGGUCUUUCUCUCCCCUCUCAUCUCAAGUGUGCCAUUGUCGAGCCUCACCACCGGGCCACUAUUCAAGAUGACCAUCAACCCGACCUUCCUUGCCCAGCGCACGCGCUCCUCUGCCAACUGGGGUGAUGCGAAGCACCGUGUCCUCAAGUCCUACAGAGAAUGGCUUAGAGCGUCCCCCGAGAUUCAGACUAUGUACUCUCUGAACCUCCCCGUCUCCGCUAUCCGUACGAAGAUCCGCCAGGAAUUCGAGAAGCACCGCUACGUCAACCAGCUGAACGUUGUUGAUGUGCUGUUGUACCAGAGCCACGCUGAGUUCCAGGAAACCCUCAACUACUGGAAGCAGCUGUCGCAUGUGAUGAAGUACUUCCGUCCAGAGGAGGACCCCGGUGCUCGGCUACCUCCCAACUUCAUCUCGGGCUUCUUGGAAGGCCGCAAUUGAAAUUGUGAAAUUAUUAUCACCAUCAUCUCUUACCACCUCUUUUUAUAUUUCCCGGUAUCCUUAGCAUUGAAAGUUCUCUGACGGCUGCGAACGCUGAUAGAGUGUGUGAGUGUUAUGUAAAUAUUGUCUGACUACAUGAUGUUUUGGUUGUUGAAUUACUUCAAGGGUGCUUGCAUAGUAAGCAUGUAGACUGUAUUCGUAUGACUUGCGAUUCGGCGUGAG